AUGGAUUCAUCAAUCAAAUAUCUCACCGAUCUUGAAGGAACACAGGUCAAGUUUGAUGCUGUUGCGGAACCACCGUUCAACUUCCCCGCCCAGACAUCGAUAAUACUUGAGAAGCUCGGAGAAGAUUCGAAUCGCCUGACGAAGGAAGACAUCGCCGCGGAGCUCGGGCCUUCAGACACCGCCGGGAAGUUCCUAUGCCAACCUGCCAGUGAGGAAGACCACAACAGGCGUGCAUUUUUGCGCAUUUACCAACAGCUUCCUAUAGCCGGAACUGAAACGAAGAAGGCCGCCAUACGGGCUAGCCAGGCCGUCGACUCCCCUCCCGACAACCUAGAACUGAACGCUUUCCGGGUAUUCACAAAGCUGGACUGUGACGUCGUUCCUCGGCUGCUGGGCUAUCAACAGCGCCAGCAAGACCACGACGAGGGUGUUCCUGGGGGGCACAUUACGUAUAUUCUAUGGGAAAAAAUCCCGGGCGACUCUCUUGAUUUGACCGAAUUCUGGAGGCUCCCCUUUGCCGAUCGCCAGGCCAUCCGCAAUAAGUUUCGCCAAGUCUAUACGAAGUUUAUGCUGUGCGGGUACAUGCUAUGUAUGGGUGGUCCAUCGAAGAUCAUUUAUGAAAAACCCAGUGGUCAAAUGCACAUCUGCGGAUUCAAACGCGCAUUUCCGUUUGACGAACCUCAAACAUGGGGUGAUACUCAUUACUACCAAUACGGACUCAUCCAACGCUCCAAAUUUCCAUUCUACUUGGAAGAAAAACCACCCAACAAAGCGGAUUGGAUCGAAGAUGUCAACGGCUGGAUAUGGUAA